AUGGCUACCAACACACUCCUUCACCUCCUCACCUUCACACUCCUCUUCACCCUCACCAUCUCUUCUCCCUCACCCUCACCCUCACCCUCACCGGCACCUCCUCCACAAUCCGGUUCCGACGACGACUCAAUUGCAAUCUCUUCCUCAUCUCCUCCGUCAGAUCUGUCACCAGAUUAUGAUUCUCCGUCGUUAGAUCAACCUUCUCCUCCGUCUUCUUCUCCGUCACCGUCACCGUUAUUGGCGCCAUCACCGGUUGAGGUUAGUGAUGAAACCGCCGGAGUGGAGAGAGAGGAGGCGAAGGAAUCGGAUUCCGGCGGGAUGAGUGGAGGAAAGAAGGUAGGUGUUGCGUUUGGAUUGAUUGGUGCUGCGUGUUUCGUCGGAUUUGGAGGUGUUUUGUACCGGAAACGGCAGCAGAAUAUCCGGCGAGCACGGUAUAGUCAGUCGGCUCGAUUGGAGUUCUUCUAG